AUGGCAGGCUCGCGCACCCUCCUGUCUCUGGCCUCCCGGACGACGAUCCAGUCUGUACGCAGCCCGACCGCUACACCCUUCCUCGACUCCCUCGUCCCUGCAUUUAAGCGAACCAAGUCGACGACGUCCACCUCAGCUUUGGCCUACAAGGCUCUCCAUCGACGAUCGCCACUACCUCUGCCGGUCUCCGAUGCCUCGCCCCAGUACGGCGCAGCUGCAGCAGUUUCUUCCAUUCUUUACGAGACGCCGGUGGCUUCUCAAGCGCCCGCGAAGAAACAUGUUUUGAACUGUUUGGUGCAAAAUGAGCCGGGUGUUCUGUCUCGUGUGUCCGGCAUUCUGGCUGCUAGGGGCUUUAACAUCGACUCGCUGGUUGUCUGCAACACCGAAGUGGAGGAUCUGAGUCGAAUGACCAUUGUCUUACAGGGUCAAGACGGUGUCGUCGAACAAGCUCGCAGACAGCUGGAGGAUCUGGUACCUGUGUGGGCUGUGCUCGACUAUACAUCUGCCGCCCUGGUGCAGCGUGAGCUGCUCCUCGCCAAGAUCUCCAUUCUCGGACCCGAAGUCUAUGAGGAGCUGAUGGAACACCAUCGUGAAAUGACCAGCCCCGAGGCCGAAUCCGAGCCCGGCGCGCGUGACCUGGAAAGCGCCGAGGAAAACGCCCAGCAGCGACUGCAGGAACUGGAGGCGAACCAGCCUCACGAGUCGAAUCUUAUCCAGCGGGCCAAAGAACUCCUCGGUCAAGGGGCGAGCUACCACCCUAGUCGACUUGCUGCUAGUCAAGCCCUGCGCCAUAAACACGAGCAUCUCGAAGCGAUCACUCACCUGACCCAUCAGUUCGGCGGCAAGGUUCUUGACAUUAGCACGAACAACUGUAUAGUGGAGGUCUCUGCUAAACCGAGCAGAAUCGAUUCCUUCAUCAAACUGAUUGCUCCAUUUGGGAUCCUCGAAUCAGCAAGAACCGGUCUGAUGGCACUGCCUCGUUCUCCUCUGUACGGACCUAAUGAGGAUCUGCAACGGGAUGCGGACGAUGUUGUGGACGCCAGUACUCUCCCCCCGGGUUAG